AUGUUUCGAUCUCUGUCACGCUUGACAGGUAGUCUGGCUCACCUUCGCCUACGAGAUGACCGAGAGGCCCAGAGAGAAAAAGCCUUUGGCGUACUGUGUGGCAUGUUUACACUGUUGAAGAAUAUGUCCAGUGUUUAUAUUCAACCCGGAGAUUUUCAAUCCCUGCCUGUAAGCAUUGAUAUGAAGGUUCUGCCAUUAAAUGAUGUCACUAUCGAGGAGACUCCCUGUGUUACGGUACAAACUGAGUUAAACUUCUUUCUUCCUCUUUCCCACGAAAGCAUCUCAUCCAAAUACAAAAUGAACCUGGAGGCCCCCGAGAUUAGCGAACGUUUCUCCCAUGUUAACCAAUUGACUGAUGGCAAUUGUCCCGUACUCAUGGAGUUGGGAUGCUGGACUAAGCAAGAGCACCUGGACUAUUUAGCUUAUAGACUCAUGUGGGAAGCGGACGUUGUCCCCAGAAUGGGGACUGAAGGAAACUCGAGACCCCUGAGGGUAGUUACGGGCUGGAAGUCCCCUGGAUUUGCCUUUGCAGCGAGAUUCGAGCCUUACCUCCAUACCUACGACUCCCCCUACAGUGAGCCAGCUAAUUGUUGGGUUAAGAGCGGCAUACCACAUACCAAGAUAGCCGUGUACAAUACUAGUCAAGGGGAUCCAAAGCUUUUACUCUGCUCUGAGAUUCUCACCAUAAUUGCUGCAAUCGCUACCCGUCUUAUGGAUAAAUGGCUCGAAAAACAUCUUAUCAUUCCUGUAGGCAAAUCUUUCCCAAGUAAUGCGAUCUCACUACGGCUUUUCGUAUCCUCGUUGCUGACUUUUAUUCUCUUUGAGGUUAUGCUUAUCUCUUUCAUGGCUCCCGCGCAUGGGAGGGUCAUCAUUGCACAUUACGAUAGCAAAGGACUUCGCAUCAAAAUGUCCGAUCUUAUGCUGUGUAGCUCAAAGGAUCGAGCCUCUUGGGACUUCUUUGCAAGAUACCUCGGAAGUGAUGCCAACCCAACGGCGGAUACAUCCAUGUUUGUCGAUUAG